AUGUCAUAUCCAUCUUAUUCUGAACAAACAAACAGUAAAACUUAUGAUAAAUCAUAUAAUACAAUUAUAGUUAAAGAAGAUAAUGACGGUUUUAUCGACGAUGAUGAUGAUGUAGAUGAUGACGAUGAUAAUUCCAAUGAUCGAUCUAGUGAAUCAAUUGAUAAUUCAAUGAAGAAGAAAAAAGCUAAAAAAACAUUAGGUCGUGUAAAAAUUAAAAUGGCUUAUAUCGAUAAUAAAGUUCGACGAUAUACAACAUUUUCGAAACGAAAAACAGGUAUUAUGAAAAAAGCAUAUGAAUUAGCAACAUUAACAGGUACUGAAGUUAUGCUUCUUGUUGCUUCUGAAACUGGUCAUGUUUAUACUUAUGCAACUCCAAAAUUACAACCAAUGAUAACUAGUGAAGCUGGUAAAGCACUUAUUCAAACAUGUCUUGAAAAAGAUGAUUCAAUUGUUGAAUCAUCUUCAACAGCAGCAGCAAUAUUAAAUAACGAUGAUGUUAUAUGUGUAGAAGAUAAUCAAUCAAAAAAACGAACAAGUUUGUCUACAAAUGAUAAUAUUUCUCAAAAUGAAAUCCGUCCUAUAAAACGUGCUAAAUUAAAAUCAUCUGAUGAAAUCAAACAAAUCGAUUCAACAAGUCCAUGUACAUCACUUCUAUCAACAUUAGGUUCAUCACCAACAACAGUAGCCGUGCCAUUAUCAUGUUUUCUUAAUCCAGAUACUCAACAACAAUCAAUAACUAAUUCAACUUCAUUUACUAUUGAUUUAAAUUCUUUGAAAAAUAAUGGAAUGAAUAUUGUAUUUACCCCAUCACCUAAUUCGUCUCCAACCUCACCUUCAUCUAAUAUACCACUUAUGUUAGCUUUUGGUAAUUUCCGAUCAUAA